AUGCGACCGCCCGUGGUGGCGUUCGGCGCGUGGCCGUCGCGUCCGCCGGCGCACGUCGUCACGUCCGCGACGGCGUCGGGGGUCGCGGAUGGCGACGUGCAGCUGUGGACGGGCGGCGAGGACGGCGGCAUCGUGCAGUGGCGCGUGCCCGGACCGUCCAGGUCGGAAGAGGCGGGAGCGGACGCAUCGGACGACCUCGACCCGACUCCGGUGGCGUUCCUGAGCGGUCACACCGACCGCGUCAGCGCGUUGUGCGCCGUCGGAGACGUCGUCGUGAGCGCAGGCGACGACGGCGUGGUAUGCGCGUGGAGCAUCGCGAAGGGUGCGUCGCGAUGCGUCGCCCGGAGGGCGAUGGGCGGAGAGGGAUGCCGAGUCACCGCGCUCUGCGAGAUGCGCUCGUCGACCCGCGGUGGCGUCCGAUGCGUCGCCGCGGCGUGCGCGGCGUGCGGGCCGAACGGCGCGCCGACGAUCGCGCUCCUGAACCCGAGGACGCUCGCGCCCGUGAACGUCGAUGGGGCGGCGACCCUGAGCGCGCCGUCGGACGCAUCUCACGGCGUCCCGAUCUCGCUCGCGUGCCGAAAACCGAAACUCGCGACGACGACGCCCCGUUCGUCCACGCCCGGCGGCUGUGAGUGGGAGUGGGAGGGCGACCUCGUCGCGAGGGACGCGUCGGGACGCGAAUCGGCGUGGGGCGGACCGGGGCGGCGGCGGGACGACGACGCGCGGGGAGGCGAACUCUCCCGAGGAUGCGAGGGGGGGGCGCGCACGGCUGCGGACCCCUCCGAGGAGGACGACGCGGGGUUGGCGCGGUUGGGGGUGGUUCGUUCGUCGCGGGUUCGAACCCCGUCGUCGGCGCCGGAAAAGGAAAAAAGGGAGAAUGAGGAGGAGGAGGAGGACGUCGAGGAGGGGUUGGCCGCGACCACGGACGACGACGAGGAGACGGUUCACGAGACGCCGACGUCGACAGCUGUGGUCCUCCUCGAGGUUUCCACCCCCCGGCGAGCGGGCGACGUCGAGAUUGAGGUGACGCGCGACGCGACGGUGACGGUCAUGGCGCUCGCGAGCGACGGACGGACGCGCACGCGCCGUCGCGCUUCGCUCUCCGCGUCGUGGUUCCCCGGUGAGUCACCGCCCGGUGAGUCACCGCCCGAUGAGUCACCGCCGCCCGGGCAGCAAAGGGCGGGGUCGGCGACGGCGACGUGUUUCGUCGGCGGCGGCUCGCUCGCGCCGUCGCGCGUCGUCGCCGGCUGCGACGACGGAGACCUCGUGAUCGGCACCCUCCCGGGCGGCGGCGGCGGUGACUCGCCGUCCUCCUCCUUCACGAUCGAGCGCGCGCACGCCGGCGCCGUCACGCGAGCGACGGAGGCGGCGGGUUUGUUGGUCACGGGCGGAAACGACGGCGUCGUCCGCGUCUGGUCCCUCGACCAAACGCACACUGGCCGGCCCGAGCUUCGCGCGUCGCUGCGGCAUCACUCGUUCGCGGUGACGCAGAUCAUCUCCGCCCCCGUCGGAUUCGGAGGCGUCGCGCCUCGACCCGCGAGCCAGGAUGAAUUUCCCCGUCGUCUCCAUACGAGCGCGGGGGUUCAUACGGGCGGAAAAGACCGAUUCGUGUUCACCGUCGACGCGUCCGGCGCGCUCGGACUGGUCGACGUCGAACGCGGUCGAUGCGAGGUGUUCAUCCCGGGCGUCGCGGGUCACCCGCGUCGUGGACCGGGGCAUCGCGAGAGGCUCGCGGAGUUGCUCCUCGACGUCGGAAGGGGCGCGCUGGCGCUUCGUUACGAAGGAACUCACGAUCGAACGUUUAAUCGCGUCCGCGUGUGGGACUUGUUCGGCGGCGGUGUGAUGGAUCGGGACGUCGUCGGCGGCGCCGCGGCCGCGCUCGCGUCCGCGCUGCGUUCGACGUGCCACCGCGCGAGCGCGCGAGGCUACCCGGCGUGGUCGCCUCCGUUAGUCUCCGGAGACGAUGCGAAGAUUUCCACGGCGGUUUCCCGCCCACCCGUGAAUGGGGACUGGACGCAGCCCGGCGCGCCUUACGUCAUCGCGAACGCGGCGCACUUGCUGAACGCGUGCAGAGCGAUCGUGAAGAAGCAUUCUGCUGGGAGGGUGGGGAUUGGGACGGUGGACGAGGAAGGGGGAGUCGACGGGGAGGCGGCGAGGGCGUUGCGGAUGGUCGCGGCGGCGGGUCACGCGUGGGGCGUCGACGACUCCGUCGACGCUGCCGCGUCUCGCGCGCUGCGCGCCCCGUCUCCACGCACGCCGCGCGCGUCGGGAGGAGACGAGGCGUCUUCCGGCAGCGGUGUGCGAUCGACGCGCGCGGCGGUGGGCGCGGGCGGCGCGGUGACGAUUUCGGCUCCUCGCGGCGAAUACGCUCAAAAAGAUUUGGGGGUUUGGGGCCGCGAGGCCGCGACUCUCCGCGCGUUGGCGCUCGAGGCGUGCGCGGCGUCGCUGCACGAGAUGGCGCCCGCGGGAGGAGGCGGCGAGGGCGACCGGGACCGGGGCGAUCUCGCGCUUGUUCGCGCGUUCAACGCGUCCGUUCAUCCGCUCCACCUCCCGACGCUGGCUUCGCUUUACGCUUCGCCGAGCGCCGACGUUCGCGCCGCGGCUCGAUCGCUCCUUUCUAACGCCUGUAACGCCUGUGCGGGCCGCCCCGCGCACGCGUUGCCCGCGAUCUUCCGCGAGACGCCUUCCGAGGCGCUCCGUGAGUGCCCGAAGGCCUCGGGGCUCGAGGCGUGGGGCGCGUUCGAGGACGCUUUCGACGACAACGCCGGGCUCGAGGUUUUCCGCGACCCGUCGAGGGACGCCGACUCUUCCCGGCUCGCGCCCCGGGGAUGCCUGGGCGCGUGCGUCGCCGCGGCGGCGUGCCUCGCAAACCCCCCUCCCGGGACGCACCCCGCGCUCCACGCGCUCGUGGUUCCCGCGCUUCUCGAGCUGAUGCGAUCGUGCGAGCGCGUCUCCCUCGCGGGCGCGGCGGCUUCGAUGCUCGGCGAGGGUGUCGAAAGGAUCGGGUGGGGGAUCGGCGAGCCGGGCGGGAGGUUUUUGGAGGAGACGCUGCGCGAGGCGUGCGAUACGGCGGAGGCGCUCGCGAACCCGAGUGGGAUCGAACCGAGGGGGACGAGCCCGAGCCCGAGAACGAGCGUUACGGGCGUCACGGGCGUCACGAGCCCGAGGAUGAAAGGCCGAUCGCCGCGCGCAUCCGCCGACUGGACCGAUCGCCGUUCCCCGCGCUCCCCGGGCUCUCCCGUCGGUUCGAGUCGUUCGCCAUCCUCGGGAGGAGCCGCGAGGAAUGGGCCGGCGGGUAUCCCGUCGGCACCCCGUCGGCACCCCGUCGGCACCCCCGCCGAGCGCGCGACGGCGCGCGACGCGAUCGACUCGCUCCUCUUCGCCGCCGCGCGUUCAAAUCCGGCAUCCUUCGCGAAGUUUCUCUCGGCGCGGAUCCAAACCGCGCCGCCGACGUCGUCGUCGCACGUCGUCGCCCUCGCGGCGCUCGCGCGCGUGGCGAGGGAGUCUCCCCACCCGAGGGAGCUCCUCGCGCCCCACGUCCAUGCCCUGAUGAACGCGGUGCUCGCCGCGCUCAACCCCGCAAACGCCUCGUUGCGACGAAACUGUUUGGUGGCGGCGACGGCGGUCGUCGCCGAGCUGGCGCGAAGGUUACCGAACGUGACGUACCAUCGCGCCACGUCACGGCUGGCGGUGGGAAUAGAUAGCCCCGCGCCCUCGGGUGGAACCGUGGCGAUCGUGUACGACCUCGCACUCGCCGCCACGUGGCGCACGCUCGUCGACCGGGACGAUCACCCCGCGGAGGAGGCGAGGCGGUUCAUCGACGGCUUCGGCGCAGGGUUCGGGCACAUGUGGGCGACGGGGAGCGGAACAUCGGACGCCGGCGCCGAGUCGCCGCGAAGUCAAAGGACGAGCGGGGACGGAUGGUGGUCCCCGUUCAAGGACCUCGGGCGCGGGCGGAGAGGCGGGAGACGGUCGAGCGACGGCGGCGGCGGCGGCGCGUUCGUGAGUGAUUCGCCAACGAGCCCCGAGGCGCGAACGGCGAGGGCGCACGCCGCGAUGGCGGCGAUACCGGUGCCCGAGACGCCCGAGCAGCGGUACGCCGCCGCCGCCGCCGCCGCCGCGACGGCGAUGACCGCUCACCGCGCCGACCCCCCGCGUAAAUCGUUCGAGGGGUCGCGUAGAUCGUUCCAGUCGACGCCCGCAACGCCCGUAACGCCCAUCGUCGUCGACGACUCCGCGCGGAUCGAGGUCAUGGCGUGGGACGAGAAAGGGGAACGGCUCGCGGCGUACCUGGACCGGCGCUCCGUCGUUCGCGUCUGGAACGUGGCGUCGAAUUCUGUCUGGCGACCGACGAGUCUGUUCACCCGGGCCCAACCAGGGGUGGCGCACGGCGGGGACGCGAGCGCGGUGGGAUACUCGCACAGCGUCCGGUGCGUCGUGCCGAGUGAGACGAGCGGCGGUUCGAACGAAAACGACGAUGCGAGGGUCGCGAGGGAACGAACGAGUCUGGCGUGGAGGGACGACAAGACGGUGACGCUUCGCCGCGGCGGCAUCGACGCGUCAUUCGGCGUGAGCGAUUGA